AUGUCCCCCAUCAAUGAUAGUAGCAGUUCCCGUCAUUCACUGUCCCCAGUGAUUCGCCACACCUCAUCGCAUGACAGUAUUACCAAUAGCUCUGUCAUGUCCGAUAACGAGGAGUUACAUGAUCACAGGCACCAGAGCUCGUCUUUACCCAUCCGAAAAGAAGGCACCUCUCCAUCUUUCAAGCUGAACGAUCGGGAGAUGCCACCUGGUGGUGAGUUAAGAUUACCCCCACCAGCGACAAGAACCUCUCAAAACCCCUCACAGUUUGUAGAAUCCACAGAUCUACGUGAUAGAAUGCUUUACAGUGAAGAUUCUGAUAACGAGGAUAUUGCCAGUCCCUAUCUGGCUUCUUUUAACAAUAGUUCUAGCAAGAAGCAUAAACAGCCUGGUUUUAUCAGGAGGACUCGCUCAAAGUCCAUUUCUGAGCAGUUCAAGUCUUUGAUUAAUACAAAUGUUCAGCAAUCUACCAAUCCUGGAGGGGGAAUCCUACUGAAUAGAGAGACUCGGCCCUCAAUCUCAGGCGCCAAUAUGAAUCCCUUGGCAAAACAGCCGUCAAGAACUUCUAUCAAAUCUACAGGUAAGACCUCUCUUCAACAGGAAAAGAAAGAAAGGCAAAAUUCCAGUAGUGAUAGCGAUGUUGAUUCUUAUGCGUCCAGGUCAUCCAAGGAAACAGAGGAAGAUGUCUGUUUUCCAAUGGUUCCAGAAAAUGUAAGGGUUAGGGGGAUUGACUUUAUGGAAUUGGAAAAUUUUAUCGAAGAAGAGAGAUUGGAGAAAAAAUCAUUAAUGAAGCGAGAGGAAGCUUUGAAAGACUUCGAUUCUAAUAUUGCAAGAGGUUUCAGCUCUGGCAACAGCAAGCCAAGCUCUGCGGCCUUAAGAUAUAUACCAAAGAACAUCACUCACACCACAAAUGCGGACAAUUAUGUGCCCUUUCCUCAAUCCUACGACCCCGGUGAUGUCUACCUUGAAGAAAAAUCUAAUGAUUCAUCUAAUAAAAAAGAAAGUUCUACAGAAGAUGAUGGAGAUAAUGGUGUGACUUUUCAGAACCAGAAAAGGAACGCCGAGGCAGCUUCUAUAUUGCCUGAUAGGUAUAGUUUUUAUUCAUCUGACAAUAAUGAAACUAUUCAUGCUCCAGAUAUAUCUUCAUUGGUCAAUGAAGGUCAGAAGAUUGAAGAGCUUUUUCACGGUGCUGAAGCCACUUGGUGGCUCGAUUGCAUUUGUCCAACAGACAACGAGAUGAAAGUUUUAGCCAAAGCCUUUGGAAUCCACCCCUUGACUGCCGAAGAUAUUCGUAUGCAAGAACGACGUGAGAAAGUUGAACUUUUCAAAACUUACUACUUUGUGUGUUUUCACUCUUUUGAAACAGACCCCGAAAGUGAGGAUUUUUUGGAGCCAAUCAAUGUUUAUAUUGUUGUUUUCCGUGAAGGAAUAUUAUCAUUCCAUUUUACUCCUAUUAAUCACCCUGCAAAUGUCAGGAGACGUGUAAGGCAACUAAGAGACUAUGUCAAUGUGUCUGCUGAUUGGUUAUGUUACGCAAUGAUUGAUGAUAUUACUGAUGGAUUUGCUCCAGUAAUUCAAGCUACAGAGUAUGAAGCGGAUGCAAUUGAAGAGUCCGUGUUUGUUGCAAGAGAUCAGGAGUUUGGUAUCAUGUUACAGCGAAUCGGUGAAUCAAGAAGGAAAGUGAUGACAUUGAUGCGACUGCUUUCAGGUAAAGCAGAUGUGAUCAAAAUGUUUGCAAAAAGAUGCCAAGACGAGGCAAAUAGCACUUGGGCCUCCAACGCUUCAAUACAACAGACUACUACUCCAAGAGCAGAUAUAGCAUUAUAUUUGAGUGAUAUUUCGGACCAUAUUAUUACCAUGUUUCAAAGUUUACUGAGCUAUGAAAAGAUAUUUAGUCGAAGUCACUCCAACUACCUUGCCCAACUUCAAGUCGAAUCUUUCUACUCCAAUCACAAAGUUACUGAAAUGCUUUCUAAAGUUACGUUACUAGGAACAAUAUUUUUUCCUAUGAACAUGAUAACAGGUUUAUUUGGAAUGAAUGUUACCGUUCCUGGGCAAGAUACAGGAUCUUUGAAUUGGUGGUUCGGAAUUCUAGGGUGUCUUUUGGCUGUAGUUUUCACAUUUGGUUUCCUAGGAAGCUACUGGAUGAAUCGUUCAUUAGCGUCCAAUACCACACUGACUCCUGCUAGUGGCAAAAGAUCAAUCAGGAGUUUUAGAUACACUGGUGGCAACAGUACUUCCGACAGAGCAAGGUCUAUAUUAAGUCUCCCGAGAACCUUCAGCAAAUACGAUUAA